CAGUGUUUGUCAGAACUGUGGACUGUUUGUUUGAAACUGUUUGAGAAAAUGUUUGCUGUGAUUUUGUUGUGUUUAUUCUCGUGGAGUCUGCAGGGUGUGUGUGGUUCUGUGUUCGUCUCUGAGUCUGUGAUGGAGGGAGAUUCUGUCCUUCUGUCUGUGAAUAUUACUGAAACACAGAGACGUGAUGGAAUCAUGUGGACAUACGGACCUAAUUCAAUUCCAAUAUCUAAACUCAAACCUGAUAAUAAAUAUAUAUAUUAUAAUGGCACUGAUGGGAUGUUCAGAGACAGACUGAAGCUGAAUGAGACGGGAUCUCUCAUCAUCACAGACAUCAGAAUCAAACACUCUGGACUUUAUUAUAUCGCCACAACCAGCCAAGAGAAGCCACUCAAGAUAUUCGACAUUACUGUCUAUACUCUUCUGCCUGUUCCUGUCAUCUCAAACUCUUCAUCAAAUUCAGUGUUAUAUUGUUCUAUGUUGUGUUCAGUGAUGAAUGUGGCACAUGUGAGUCUCUCCUGGUACAAAGGAAAGAGUUUAUUGUCCAGCAUCAGUGUGUCUGAACACAGUAACAUCAACAUCUCUCUUCAUCUGGAGUGUCUGGAUGAUUCUUACACAUGUGUGAUCAACAAUCCCAUCACAAACCAGACUCAACAUCUCAACACUGAUGUCUGUCACAAGUGUCCAGAUUUCUCAGAAAACUUCAUCUGCAAGUGUGGUUUUACUGAAGCUGUGAUCCGAUUGGUCCUCUCUGCACUGGAACCAGGGUUGGUUCUAGGGUGAGUGGAUCCAGAGCCAAUUCAAAGGCCAUCAGAGGCAAAGCCAUCCCAUGAAUUGGAAUUUAGCUCAUACACUUGAAAUAAAAGUACUCAAAUGUCAAAAGUUUUUCAAAGAAGCAUUUUAACUUUGCCUAUCCCUAUGGGGCCACCCUGAAAGUAGACUAUUUUACUUUAUAGUUCUAACAAUAUUUUUAACAGAUACGCCAUGCUUUAUUCCGGUUUAUAAACCCAUUGGUCUUCCAUUAACUUUUAUGAGACAUAUUCAAUUUGGGACACAUCAAUCAACCGUCAUUUGAUGUCACUUCCAAGAUGCUUCCAGUGAGAUUUUCCCUGGAGAGAUAAAAAAUAUAGAUAUACCUUAAUUUAAUCUUUCCGUUUAAAAAAACCGAAAGCAUGUCAAAUUCUACAGGCAAUAAAUAUUUUCAUGUAUUUAUAUACAUUUGCUUAUUCCCCCUGCAAAAUUGUUAUUUCUAUUCACUUUAUUUUUUUGU